UCAGUGACUAACUUGUCAGUAAUCACAAGUUCACUGACCAUCUCUGUUCACUAAAACACAAAGGUGAAAGAAAAAUAAAAACCAAAAUCGGGAUAUAGGAGAUCGGGAGGGACAGAUGUCGAAAGCCAAUUGGGUAAGACCGGCGCGUGAGAGAGAAGAGAGGGAGGGGAAAAUUAAAGGCGCGUAGGUUUGCAAAAUGGGCGACCGACCGUGAUUCUGAUAAAUACGGUAACGGCGAUCCCGCCGCUUGACAGUUACUCCCCACUCUCCUCCUUCCUUUCUACUUCUUCUAGUCUUCUACUACUCUCUCGAGUCGCCUCUGAAGCUAGCCCGGAGAAACAGAGCAUUGUCUCCGGCUAGAUUCUCACCACGGAGAGGGAGAAGAAAAAAAAAACGAAAUCAGAAUUCCAAAAACAUGAGGUGAGCAGUUACGCAUAGGAAUACGAAACAGAGUAAGAGGCAAAGAAGAAGAAGAAGAAGAAGAAGAAGAAGAAGGAAAUGCGAGGGCAGAGUCAGUUCACUCGCGCCGAAUCCACUUCUGGGUCUUAACUCUUAAGGAUCUCCCUCUUUCAAGGUAUCCCUAGCUCAAUCCCUUGGUGUUCACCGCCGACUAUGAAGCUCCUUCCCACUUUAACUACUUCUUUAUCGAAUUGGGUUUUUUGCUUUGGUUUUCAGAUUCCCAUUUAGACAUGUUUUGAUUUAAGGUUGAUCUGAACGCCGGGCGGCGGAGAAUGGGUAAGAAAAGCGUCGGUGGCGGUGGUGGUGGUGGAUGGUUCUCUUCCGUCAAGAAAGUCUUCAAAUCUUCAUCCAAUAAGGAUUCGCCCCAGAAAAAGAAGGAGAACAGUAGCGGUGGUGAGAAAUGGGAGCAGCACGAGGCGCCAGAGGUAGUCUCGUUCGAGCAUUUCCCCGCGGCAGAGAGCUCCCCUGAUCAUGUGACGUACGACGAUACCACCACCGGCGGCACGACGACCCCUGUCUCCGGAGACAGGAACCACGCCAUUGCAGUCGCUGCGGCCACAGCUGCUGCGGCGGAAGCCGCCGUUGCAGCUGCGCAGGCCGCAGCCAAAGUCGUCCGGCUCGCCGGGUACGGCCGUCAGUCCAGAGAAGAUCGAGCCGCUACCCUCAUUCAAUCCCACUACAGAGGCUAUCUUGCUAGGCGUGCGUUGCGGGCAUUGAAGGGUUUGGUGCGGCUGCAAGCCCUUGUGAGAGGGCACAACGUGAGGAAGCAGGCGCAGAUGACGAUGAGGUGCAUGCAAGCGCUGGUGCGAGUUCAGGCGAGGGUUCGAGCUCGGCGUCUGCAACUGACUCGCGAGAAGCUGCACUCGCAGGAUGAGGACGAGGAGGAGGAUGAUGAUGCUGGGCAAGGAAUGUCGUCGUUUCAAGAUCACUUGAUGAAUUCGAGGAGUUCGUUGAAGAAGAGCUACGUGGUGGAGAGCUGGGAUAACCGGCGGCACAGGACCUCUGAUAAGACGAAGGAGAAUGCUGCGAGGAAACACGAAGCUGUCGUUCGGAGGGAGAGGGCCCUUGCUUAUGCAUAUUCCUAUCAGCAGCAGCAACCGCAGCCCGGCCCAAACGGAAUGGAUCUUGGCCUGUACAACGAAGAGCAAGCAAAAGCCCAGUGGGGAUGGAACUGGCUAGAGCGCUGGAUGUCUUCCCAACCAUACCACGCCGGUCGAUUCGGCCCAACCGACAACUCCUACAUGACGUUGACCACCACGACCGACGACCUAUCAGAGAAGACGGUGGAGAUGGACGUCGCCACGCCGACCACGGCCGCCGGCAGCGGGAUCGGCAACAUAAGCAUAGGCGUCAUGGACUCAGCAGGCGGCAGCCACGUGUACUCGGCCCGGCCCAGUAGACAGCAGGCCCCGCCCACGUCCAACCACGUGCCCAGCUACAUGGCUCCGACCCAGUCCGCUAAGGCCAAGGCCCGUGCGAAUAUGGGCCCGGUGAAGCAGGUGAGCCCAUACACCCCGCAGUGGAACUCGUCGACGAAGAGAGGGUACGUUGUUGGGUCGUCGUCGGUUUGCGACUCUUCUAGCUCCGGCGUUGGCACGGCGGUCUACCGUGUGGCCAAGAGCCCGAUCCCGAGCCCGAAGACGAACGCGUUGCGGUUCCACUCGAGGCGGCUGCCGGCUGGGUAUAGCUCGGAUUCGAGCGCCGGCACCGACGAGUGGAGGCUGCCGGUGGGGGAUAGAUGGCCACGGUUGGAGGCAUGAUUUUGGGUGAUGAAUGAAGAUAACAUAUGCAUACAUACAAAUAUGAAAUAUGUGUGUAUUGGGUUUGAUUUAAUUUAAAUGUUGUUUUUAUUAACGUUUAUUUUGGCUUAGUGAUAUCAUAAAGCCACCAGAAGGCCAAUGUGACGAAACAUUGCGAUAGUUUUGUUGAGAUUGUCGUUAUGCAUCGUUUUUGUUUUUUUAUUUUUUUAGCAUAAACAAUACAUGGAUUGUUUCUGUGAUGUGACAGAAACUAUCACUCAUUUUGAGUGAUUGUUAUAUCUCCACUUUUAGUUGUGAUUAUUGAAAUAGUUGAGUUGAGAUUGUUUUGUCCCGGCUUUUAGCUGAUGCGACAUACACAAUCACACAUACCAAACGUUGUAUUCUACAAUGCAUCAAAUUCGACAAUACACGUAUAAUAUUAUACAUGCAUUCUCAACAAUACAUCUAUUUAACAAUAGCAACUUCCAAACGACCCCUUGGUGUUUUAAUUUUUUUUUAUUUAAUUGUAAUGGUUACUAUAAUGUGUAUUAUGGGGGAAAAAAGGAAAGCGGGCUUGUAAUUAAAUCAUUGAUGCAUAAAAUUUUAAGUCGUUCAUCAAGAGUACAAAUGAGUUAGAUAAGUCAAAAGAGUCACAAAUCAUUAUUGUAUAUCAGAUAUUGUACAAAAAAAAAAUGUUUAGUAUCGUUUUGUAGUUUUUUGUUUUCUGCUUUUAUAAGUGAAAACCGAAAAACAUGUAUAAUUUUGGUCUCGUUGUGGCAAAAUUACAUGAAUUAGUUGAAAUUAGUGAAACCACUGACUUCACUAAAAAAACAAGGACUAUGAAACAGUACCAGAGGUUAUACAGGAAAAGAUAAAUAGUAGAAUAUUUU